AUGGAUUAUGAGCUAAGCGAUCUGCACCAAUUACUUGGCAUGGCCAAAGUGUCCUUUCAAAAAACAAACACUCUCAUCGAAGUACCGUGUCCUGUAAACAUUUGUGGUGAUAUUCACGGACAGUAUGUAACGAAACCAUCUUAUCGAAGUCACAUGAGAAGCACAAUCGUUCCGAAACUUGGUAGCUCUUGUGGACUUCCGUUCAAAGUUCGUUAUCUGUUUUUGGGUGAUUAUGUCGAUCGUGGGCGUCAUCCACUGGAAGUGAUUGUUUUACUGCUUGCAUGCAAGAUACAGUUCCCAAAAUUUGUGUUUCUGUUGAGGGGAAAUCAUGAACUUUUUCACAUUAACAAAACGUAUGGGUUUGCGGCUGAGAUACGAACGCGUUAUCGAAUACAGCAAGAUGCACAAAGACUGUAUAAUCACUUUAAUGAAGUAUUUGCUGAAAUGCCGUUGGCAGCAAUCGUGGCCGGAAAGAUACUUUGUAUGCACGGUGGAUUGUCACCAGAUCUGAAUAAUCUUAACGAUAUUCGAAACAUCAAACGGCCUUUGAGAAUAGUGAAAGGUCUCGCACAAGACCUUUUAUGGGCAGAUCCAGAGUCUGGCACUCAAGGUUUCCAGAGGAAUCAAAUCCGAGGUGUUUCGUAUGUGUUCGGUGAGAAUGCCGUUAAAGAAAAGAUAAAGAAACUCGGCAUUGAUAUGGUUAUCAGAGCUCAUCAGGUAGUUGAAUUUGGAUAUGCAUUUUUCGCAAAUCGCCAGCUAAUCACCGUAUUCUCAGCGUCUCGCUAUCACGAAGAUCUGUGCAAUUUUGCUGCUGUCGUUUUGGUUGAUCGAAAUCUUGAGCUGUCAUUUAUGCAGUUGAAACCAUGUGAAUAUGAACAGCAAAAGAAAGAGAAAUUGGUACCAACAGCUGAUGUUGAAGAAGAUUUGGACGACGAUAAAUUCUGA